AGAACUGUUUCUGUUUCGAAGAAUCUAGAUCUAGAUCAUAGAACUGAUGUGUGUAAUAUUUUAAGACAUAUUUUUUGACAACACUAAGUUGAACAACACAUCAAGUAUGCCUGGUCCAAAAAAAGCUCCUAGGUCAAAGGGAAAUGUUAAGCCUUCUAGCAGUAGUCAGGCUGCUCAGCUUCUGGAUGCAUCUGGCUUCACAAAUACUGGUUUCAUUGGAUUUUCAAAGGAACCUGUUUUUGUGCCUGCUAGUGAAAUAUUUGAUGACGCUGAAGCUGCACUAGAUGGAGAUAUUAGACUUGUUUUGAGAAAGUUUUCUAAAAGAGAUACUGUGACAAAAAUAAAGGCAUUGCAAGAAUUCAUGUCACUGUGUUCAAGUAAAGAUGUUGAGCUUAUCAAAGCUGUUGUACCAUUUUGGCCAAGAAUCUACAAUAAAUUGGCAAUUGAUGUGGAUCACAAGGUAAGGGAGCUAACACAGAGAGCUUUGCUUGUACUUGCUGAAAAAACAGGAAAAUGCAUAGCCCCUCAACUAAAAAGCAUUAUGGGAAUUUGGUUAGUUAGCAUGUGUGAUACCUACCCUACAGUGGCAUCUGCUGCCAAUAAUGCAUUCACCAGCACCUUCAAUACACAGAAACAAGCUGAGGCCUUGAUAUUCUGCAGAGCUGAGGCCCUGGAGUGUCUAAUGAAUAACAUUUUGAAAGCAACACCUCAAACACUCAGUGAUACACAGACAACCAGUGAAGAAGAUAUGCAGUCCAAGUUUGAAAGGGUUGUCAGCUCCAGUCUGCUUGCGUUGAGGAAACUAAUCAUGUCACUUCCUCCUGACACAGUGGCAUUAAGUUUAAAUGAACAGUUGACAACUUUACUAGCUAGUCCAGCAUUCUGGAAACACACAAAAUCUUCAGUGUCGCUGAUUAAAAGUGCAACUCUAAGCUUAUUGUCUGCUGUCUGCCAGAGAUGUUGCAGUGUUUCAGCCAGUGCUAUCAGCAAAAUAGCACCUUUUGUGGUAUCUAAUUUAGACUCCACUGAGCCGAUUAUGUUAACAUAUACAUGGGAAGCAACAUUAUCUAUGAUUAAUGCUCAUGAGGAUUGCUGGACCUAUAUAAACUGGCAGAAAGCUGUUUGGCCAAAGAUCAAACACAUUCUUGAAACUGGAUGUUGUGGUCAUGCAGGAAUAGUCUCCCCUUGUUUACUACCUCUCCUCAGCAAAAUACCUAAUCCAAAUUACAGACAGUUUUUUGAUUCAUUUCGAACUGGUUUGUGUGAAACUAAAACAGUACAGAGUCCAUCAGACAUCAAUGUUCUUGUGAGAGGCUUUACAGAAUGUAUCCACUACAGUGUUAAACAUAGUUUUGAAGUGGUUAAUGACUCAUCCACUAUUGAAGACUUAGUGUUACAUCAGUUUCUCCUAGUUGUCGAAGCAUCACUGUUGGAACAACAUGUUGUUCUCUCUAAAACAGACAUUUUUAUUAGUCUUGCAUCUUUGUUGGAGUUAGUUGAAAAUAUCUCGCCCAAGACAGCAUCUCAAUUCUGGAUAGAGUUAGCAGCUUUUGUAUCUGAGAGAUUUGAUCUAGAAUACUUGGCAGCAGUAGAGAAAAAACUAGAUUUUGCUAGCAGUCCACAGACUCCUCACAUUUUUUACAGUGUUGUAUUGUUGAUGCAGGGCCUAGUGUUCAGAGAGGCUGCCUCUGGUGUGAAGGAAAGAGUUAGAUUCACCCAAGAAGAGACAAGAAAAACAACUUUGAAAAAAUCAAACCUGACAAAAACUAAGUGUAAGCUGUGUCCAUCUAUGGAAUCUUUCAUAAAAGAUGUUUUUAUCCAAGUUUUCACUCUAGCAGCAGCCAGUCAGAAAGCAUUUCAGCUGUACAUGAACUUGUUGAAAGAUUUGUCUUCCAUUCACAUUCCCAUCCUGGCUAUGCAACAAUUAAAUAAAAGUGUUACUUUGGAUCCAGCCCAGCACUUCCCUGAACAAUCUGUUGAACAUUCAACUCAGACAUUGUUUCCCAGUGAUGAUGAAUAUCUCAACUUUGUAUUUCAAAAACUUGUUAAAACAUUACUACUAGUUUCUAAAGGAGACUUUCCAGAUUCCAAGGUUGAAACCAAGUUCACAGAGAAUUUGAUACUGACUAUUUUAUACACUCUCUGCUAUGUUGAACAUGGGGAAGGAACCAAAGUGCUCUUAUUCAUAUUGGAUAAUCUAGGGGAUGUUGGUAUGAAAUGCCAGUUCAUAGAGCAUCUAUUGGGAUGUAUAGAAUCUAUUCCAUCAUGCAAAAACUCUCUUAAUAACUCUCAAUUAUUGGAACGUCUAAGAUGUGUCACAAAUGAAACUCUAAACAAAGCAGAUGCCAACAAUCACUUAAAUAUGUGUGCCUGGAAAAUGUUAUCUGCAGUUCUGGACUCUCUGGACCUUUGCACAUACGAGAUUUUUACAAAUUCUUCUAUUGAUAUUGUAAUGUCUGGAGUGUUGACAACUCAGAAGCAACUUCUUCAGAGCAAUAACAGUUCUUCCAACGAUGCAAUGUUUUUCAUCACUCAUGUUGUCAAAAAAUUACUUGCUAGAAAAGAGGUAUGGACACAAGUACACCUUGGAGAACUAGUUCUGAAUUUUAUUUCAUUGUUAUUGACAUUGGAAAAUGAAGAUCUAAUUAGUGAGAUCAAGAUUGUUUGGUUACAAGGAUUUAGUUUGGUCAUAGAGAAAAAAUCUGAUGCAGAAAUACAGGCGCAUAUCAGCUCAAUGAGUGUACUUAUUAAAGAAAAGCUGUUGACUAAACACAAAAUAUAUUCAUGUUUGCCACUAAUAAAGAGCAUUAUUAGCAGUUCUGUUCAGUUGGUAGCAACAGGUCAGACUAACUCUCAAUCUUCAUUAGAUAUAGAGUUGGAUAAAUCUGCACUGUCAAACAUAAUAGACGUUUUCUUAAUUGAGGACAACAGUCAAGUGGAAACAUUCAGAGAAGUUUGCAAUUAUUACUACUUGAGUAAUAUGCUACCAUACUUUCCUUGUGGCUCAACAUCAGUCUCUACAACAUCUACAACAUUAGAUACCUAUGCCAUUGUUAGCAUUCACAAUACUGAAACAAUUACGCUAUACAGAAAUAUGAACAAUGCUGGAGUCCAGCACAGUGAGCUUCAGUGGUCCAGAAUACAGCUGCUAUGCUUGAUAGAACUUUCACAUAGGUUGCUGUUGUUAGAGGGAAUAAUGACAAUAAAUCCUCUGGCUUUGAAAAACUUUGACUGUGAUCUUGUAGAGAUGAAACAAAACUUGUUGCGAUGUUUAAAGAGUCUCUCAAAAGAACACUUAACAGCUCUAGUGUCACUUGUCUUAGAAAGGACAGGAGAGGACUGGGCCACAUAUUGUUAUGGGCUACAACUUCUGCUGGAAUUGAUAGCAAAAGAUGAAGAUCACCCUGAACUAGAAAAAGAGCUGUUGAGCCUGAAAGGGUAUUUCCUGACCAGACUUGGUCUUUCUGAAAUAAAAGAGAAAUUAUCCAACAUUUCUGAAGAAAGCUUAUCGAAUGCAUUGGCUAACAGUUUAAAAACUUUAUUGGAUAAGCAGGAUAUAAAUGUGGCAGAUUUAGCAGAUAACUUUUCUGGAUGGUUAACUAUGGCAACAGAUUACAACAUUUUGAGUGAUCGGAUGAAAGAAUCAUUUUUUCAUCAUAUUGUUGAUACUGUGAAGCUUCUAAAAACACAAAAUAUCCAGUUGCUAUCUGGAGGUGACACUAAUGCAUCAGUCAAAGAUCUUCACUGGAAUAUCCAAGUAUCUAGAUCUCUUAGAGUUAUAGCUUUACCAGGCAAUCCAAAAUAUUGGGAGUUUACACUUUGUUCCCUGGUGGAGUGGAUACAGUUCUUACUGGAGAAUCAAGUGAACCAGAGCUCAGAUUAUGGAAUCAAAAGUUUACUGGUUUCUGUGGGAAACUUGUCCUACUUGGCUGCUGACACCUUUUCAGCUCAAAGUUCAAUAGUGACUGAAAAUUCCAAAACAGAAUGGGAGGAAUUUUUUUCUGAAGCUGUUUUCUCCCCCUUGUUGCAGAUAUUUGUUUCAUUGUGUGCAGAUAGUGUUAGCGAUUUCAAUCCAUGUUGGACCUUGGUGCUAGAAUCUGUUGCAUCAGUAAUAAGCCUAUGUCCAGCCUGGAUAAUGUUAGCACACCAGUUACCUGCUCGUUUAACUACUACUGAUAUGUCCAGCCUACCUGACAAUGUUAAAACCUUGCUGAACCACAUAAGUCCUCUCCUGACAUUUAGACUCAGAUCUGUUGAGGUGUCAGCUUAUUUAUUGCUCUGGAAAAUACUAGAUGAGCUUCCAAAACAUGAUAGUGGUCUGGAUGAGGAGGAUAAACAAAAUGAAGAGACAAGAUCACCACCAGAAGCUUUAAUCAAAGUGAUUGAAUCUAGUGGACAUUUCCUGAGCUUUCUUAAAGUGAUACAAAUUGAUGAUCAUAUUGUGUUAGAUAGAGACACAGACGAGUAUGCCCAAACCCUGGGUUAUCUUCUUGCUUGGAAGUUGGUGCUUCAGCUUUUUAAAUUAUCUACAAAUCAGAUGAGGGCUAAAUAUGCUCAAUACUUCAAGGUCAACAACUCAGUCAAUUGUCUGCUUGAUAAUCUCUUUAGACUUAUGCCUCAACAUCCAGCAGCAUCAAUUUUAAAUUUUGAUUGUCCUGUUGAAGUGAAAGCUGAGGUUAAUGACACUGAGCUGGCUUGGUUCUCAUUAUGUGUCUAUCGUCAGUGUUUGGAAAUUCUUCCUGCACUUGUGAGGAGUUGGUGGGUUGAUCAAGACAGGAAAGCAGCCAACUUUAUUGACAGAUUUACAAGUGAAUAUCUAAGUGCUGGACUCAUCAGGCAGCAAAUCCUAGCAGCUCAAAAUGUAGACAAAGGAAUGGAAGAAAUAACAAUUCGAGCUCGUCCUGCUGCAAGAGAAGUACUUGCUACUUACACGAUGUCAGAAGUGACCAUCAACAUGAGCAUUCUACUACCUGAGAAUUAUCCUCUUGGUAAACUAGAGGUGACCUGUGAUAAAAGAGUUGGAGUCUCUCAAGCUCAGUGGGACCGCUGGCUUCUUCAACUUAAUAUAUUCCUACAACAUCAGAAUGGAAGUAUUGUUGAAGGUUUAAGGCUGUGGAAGGGAAAUAUUGACAAAAAGUUUGAGGGCAUUGAAGACUGUAUGAUAUGUUUCUCUGUUAUUCAUGGAACAACUUUUCAGUUACCAAGACUUACUUGUAGAACAUGUCGUAAGAAGUUUCACUCUGCUUGUUUGUACAAGUGGUUUAGCACCAGUCAGAAGUCUUCUUGCCCACUUUGUCGUAAUUUAUUCUGAAUAUUCAGAGACUCACAUCUAUUCCCGUCAGUAUUUCUUCUAAGAAACCAGGUCAAGAGCUGUCUUUGCAAUGAAGAAUCAUUUGUUUUGAGAUUUGUAAUUGUAAAUGUUAUGUGGCAUAAUAGAUUAUUUUUUUUUGGGGUGGGGGGUUCAGAGGGCAAAAUUUUUGUUUUUGCUUUUUAAUAUGAAAUUUCAAAAUAUUACUAAAUAUAAAAAUUAUAUUUUCUGUAUGCAUUAUUUAGAAAUGUGAUUUGCAUUGUUUUAAUCACUUCUAUAUCAAUAGAUAUAGAUCCAAGUAAAGAGUUUGAAAAGUUUGUGAAAGUUAAUCUUAUCAUGGUCAUUUUUGUUUAUUUAUUGAAAUUAUGAAUAAAAAUGCAAGUCAUAAUGGAACUUUUGUAUUUUUAGUUGUUUUAUAGUUGACUUAGAUCUACAUACUUAAGUUACAAAAGCUAUAUGAGAAGCAGACUGUAGAACUGAUUGUUGUCUUAUAAUAUCUAAGCUGAAAAUGUGCAUCAAGUCACUGAGGGGACCACAACAAAGAAAACAAGCACAUGGAUGGAAAAAUUCUGUCUAGGGUGUGGCUCAAUUGAAUACAUCAUCACCAAGCAAGAUUCCAAGACAACAGCAAAUACUUAAGCCUUUUCCUGUUUUUAAAUGGUCUUAAGCAUGUCUGUGUGCUGGCACUUACACUAUUUAGUAAAAUGUUCACAGACAUUCAAAGAAGCUUUCUGCUAAGAAACUCUAACACAAGUCUAUUCAACACUCAGAGACAUGAUGCAAAGACCAAAAGUAAACAAGGUUACAAAGACAGUUUGUGUGGAAACACAAACUGAAAAUCGUCCCUCCCAGGCAGGUUUCAAAAUUUUCAGAAGAAUAUCGGUAUUAAAUUCUAUCAGAAGUAGUCUACCCAGGCAGGUUUCAAUAUUUUCAGAAAGAAUAUCAUAAUAAAAUUCUAUCAAAGGCAAAUGACAGAGAAGAAUGGAGAAAGAAGGUUGACAGAUCCUGUGUGGUGCCCCAAAGGUCCAGCAGACCAAGGGAUAGGUGAAAGUGAAUGUGAAGUUACAUGUGAACCUGGCCUAACUGAUGUCUUAUAAUGAUUAUCUAAUUGAUCUUAUUGUUUUGUAAAGGGUCAAUCUCUUAUUCAAUGCAUGAAGAGAAAAACAUUUUCGUAAAAAAUGUAAAUGUUAUAACAUCCUUUAGUUUUGUGUUCUAUUAUGUGUGGAAGGCUGUGUGUGUUUUAAAUUAUGUACAACUUAUUUGCAUAGUAAAUUUUUUUUU